AAUAUUAACUUGUAGUUUAAGCCCCUGAAAUAUAUAUGCAAAUUUAUAGAAAAAACUCGUUCGGCUAGAGGAGCUUAGUAGGAAUUAGAAUCCCAAGACCCAACCUGUAGAUGUACAUGAUGCAUAUGAGCAUGUUUCUUUCUUAUUUAAGGGGAGGUUAUAGGGAAAUUGCAAAAUUAAAUCGAAUAAUUAUGCAUAAACGUUUGUUGUAGAAAGUUUUGCUGUCCAUAUGUAUGUAUCUACAUAAAUACAUACUUACAUACAUAUGUACAUAUGUACAUAAAUAUGCAAAUGCAUCCUAACGUUGUCUUAUUUACUUCGCAUUUAUCAAGGUAUCUCCCUACUGUAGUUUCAACUUUAGUAAAUAUUAAGAAGCUGGACGCAAGACAGCUGGCUAUGGAUUCCUUUUAAACUGAAAUUAAUAAUAUAAAACUUUGAGCUGCUAAGAACUCUUAAUAUGCAGGAAGUCAAAGCUGCAGCAACUUCAUCUGGCAAUCUGGAAAAUGGUCAGCUUACUGCAUCUCCAACUUCCAACAAAGUUGAGCGCAAGAAGAUUUCAUCUCGCAUUCGACAACCCCCCGAGGGAGAUGUGGUUGCCGGUGGCAUAGGAAUCACUGGCGGUGGAGUUGUCAUCCUACCACAACAUGUACUCAACGAGCUAUACCACAAUUACUCAAUUAAACAGCGGCGCAGCGGACUAAAAUGGUUUUUACUUGCCGCUGUACUAUUUAAUUUUUGGACAAUUUGCAUUCCUUGGGAGCAAGAAUACGCAAUAAGGAUGAUUAAUUGCACCAUGUUAGUGGCAUACUUAGCCCUAAUAGCUCUAAUGCAUAUUAGUCAUCAGUCGGAAAAGCCAGCACUAAGAAGGUUUCAUCAUUCACUAUUGACAAUUAUUCCACGAGCUCUGUGGUUCAUCUCCAUGUUACAUUUUGCUUUCUAUGUAAUGCUGCAAUCAAGCAUUUCUCCGCGAGAUGUUCUUGGUUGGACUAUUUUGAUUAAUUUUCUAAUAUACGUCACGUUGCCAUUACCAUUAAUUUUCCUCGGGCUUGUCGUUGGAUUUUGCACGUACUUCAAUUGUCUAAGCCUUCCAGUGGGAUUUUCCCGACCGGACCCGUUAAUUUCGGAUCAGGCUGCUGCAAAUGCGGUUCUUAUAGCCACAGCUGCGUUAAUUGGCUUGUUGUACUACUUCAUGGGUGAGGCCAAGCAGAAACGGGCAUUCUUGGAAGCAAAAAAAAGCUUGGAGGUAAAAAUGGUGAUCGAAGAGCAAUCGGCGGAGCAGGAACGCUUAUUAUUAUCUGUGCUACCUAAGCAUGUGGCGAUUAAGAUGCGUGAGGAUCUUGGUUCAUCCAGCUCUGAGGCUUUUAAAAAGAUAUACAUGAGUCGGCAUGAAAAUGUUAGUAUACUCUAUGCGGAUAUUGUCGGUUUUACUGCCAUCUCAUCAACAUAUAGCGCACAAGAUCUUGUGAAAAUGUUAAACGAACUUUUCGCGCGCUUCGAUCGACUUGCUGAGAAGUAUCAGCAAUUACGCAUAAAAAUUCUCGGUGAUUGUUAUUAUUGCAUUAGUGGAGCUCCCAAUGAAAGGCCGGAUCAUGCUGUGCUCUGUGUACACAUGGGUCUAUCAAUGGUAAAAGCCAUCAAAUAUGUUCAACAAAAAGCUAACUCACCUGUUGACAUGCGGGUUGGGAUACACACUGGAGCUGUACUUGCUGGAAUCCUUGGUCAGCGACAAUGGCAGUUCGAUGUCUACUCCAAGGAUGUUGAGCUAGCGAAUAAAAUGGAAUCGAGUGGCAAAGCUGGACGUGUGCAUAUUUCAGACAAGACCCUAACUUUUCUGAACGGAGAGUUUGAAGUAGAGCCCGCAUUUGGUGAAAAGCGCGAAGAGUUGCUUCGUAUAGCAGGCCUAAAGACCUAUUUUAUCACAAAAGUGGUUAAGCCAUUCGCUUCGCCAUGCAACUUACAUCCGGACCAUGUUGAUGCCAAUCGCAGUCCAGUAGAUUCAAAUAUUUCCAGUAAUGACAAUAAUGAUAACAACGAAAAUUUCGCUGGUAAUGACACCGACGCCACUUUAGAUGAUGAAGAACUUCUUGCCCAAAGUGCUGUAGCUAAUGAUCAUGAUGUGACCGCGAACAACGACGAUGAAGAAGAACAAAUCAAAUUGCAGAACUUUAAACAGCGCUUGAAAGAUGAGCUUGUCACACGCGAUGGACAUGAAAAUCUGACCAAGGAUACAAAUAUUUUUCUACGCUUUAAGAAUCCGCAACUGGAGCAAGCUUAUGCUGUUUAUCGGGAGCCAUACAGCUCACUGCCAUUGCUGGCAGCUUUGUUGGUGCAGUGCAUCGAUGUUCUUUAUUCCUACUUGGUACUUCCGCGUUCCACCUUGCACUUCAUCAACAUUGCAGCUCCACUUGUGCCCAUUGCCAUGCUGGUAGCCGUUAGCAUUGCUGAAAGCUUUAGCGGAAUGCUGCCUAAGUUUUUUGUGGAUAUAAGUAAGCGAUUCAAUGACAUUAGCUUCGUGCGCGAGCUGGCGGCAAUAAUUAUAGCACUUACCAUUGGACUUAGCAAUGUCAUAGACAUGUUCUUCUUUGUCACCUUCGUGCGCACUGAGCACAUCGUAAGUGAAAGCGAAUUUAAUGCUACGGCCGGCUUGGAGGAAAUGCCUACUGUUGAGCAUAUUCUACCUGAAUCGUUUGUUAAACAAAUGCGUGAAGCGGUUCCAACAGACCCCAUCUUAUAUCCGUCCUACUUGAGUAAUUACAGUAUCUUAAUUCUCAUAGCAAUUGCCGUGAUUGCUCAGCUCACACAUUUGACUAAAAUUGUACUCCUGCUAUCUAUUGCAGCUUUGCAUUGUUUUUUUAAUGUUUGCAUCAUGCAGGACUUAUAUGCACUUGAAGAUAGUUUAGCCCAUCAGCCGACAAUAUCAACACGAUAUUGUGCAUCUGGUUUGCUGCUCGUCGCCGCAUUAUCUCUCAGCUUUUUAGCGCGACAUAUGGACCACGAAGAUCGGGUAAUCUUUAAAUGGAAAACCGAGGUAGCCGAACAAAAGGAAACAGCUAAUGACAUGCGUCAGCGAAAUGAGGCAUUAGUCUACAAUGUACUCCCAGUACAUGUGGCUGAGCACUUUAUGAAGAACACUAUGCGCUCCCACGAUGAUCUUUACUCGCAAAGCUAUUCGGAGGUGGGCGUACUAUUUGCCAGUAUGCCCAACUUUUCGGAUUUCUACUCAGAAGAAACAGUUAACAAUCAAGGUCUUGAAUGUCUCCGUUUUCUGAACGAAGUCAUUUCGGACUUCGAUGCACUGCUGGAAUUGCCCCAGUUUCAGGAUAUUAUUAAAAUCAAAACCAUUGGGUCGACGUAUAUGGCCGCUAGUGGAAUUAGUCUUCAACGCACUAUACGAAAUGAUGCGAUCAUUACGGAGCGCUGGUCUCACUUAGCUGUGCUAGUGGAGUUUGCCCUGGAGCUAAAGCAUGCACUGCAGGGCAUUAAUGAACAGUCCUUUAAUCAUUUUGUCUUAAAAAUGGGCAUCAAUCAUGGCCCUAUUACGGCUGGUGUUAUCGGUGCUCGAAAGCCACACUACGAUAUCUGGGGAAACACAGUGAAUGUGGCAUCCCGAAUGGAGAGCACCGGUAAAGCUGGUGCUAUUCAGGUCACCGAAGAGACUUGCGUUAUUCUCGAACAAUUCGGUUACACGUUCUUGCAGCGAGGACUGGUAGCGGUUAAAGGCAAGGGUCAGCUUAUGACCUACUAUUUGCAGGGUAAAUCGGAAUCCAGAACAGUAGAGCCUAAGGCAGCGCUUGAGCGGUACGAGUCCGAAACAACUCCAGAACGACAAGGGGUUGUUGGCCAGAAGUGUACCAUAGACAAGGAGGUGGAUAUCAAGACACCUCUGCUAGUGCUUAAGACACAUGAAAUCUCAAUGGAAGGUACUACAGAAUCUGGACUGGGAAACGGCACAAUAGGUGAAUCUCAAUCAUUGUUAGAAUAAGUAAGAGCUUUAUGCUUUUGAUUCGAGAUAACUCAAUAUUAAUUCAUGCGUGUGCGAAUAGCAAAAUUUUGACUGUGUAAUUAAGUACGAAUCCAUGAGUGUGCAAAGAGCAAGAGUUUGACUAUGUAUUUAGUAAAAGGGAAUAAUUCACUUUAAACUCAAUAGUUAUUCGUACUACGUUUAGUACCGGCAUGAAAGUAAUAAUCGACUCUGAUCGAUCAGAUACUUAUACAUCGAUCCAGUAUAUGUUCACACAUAUAAUCGCAUAAAAAUAAAUGUAUACUAAUAAUAAACUCUUAAAAGUAUUAUUUUGUGCUUUAAGGAGCCGAAAGGUACAUGACAGAAACUAAAAAAAAUAUGAUCUACAUUGAACCUGCAAUAUUGGUAACACCAGCUCAAGCUCUUGAAAUCUGAGACCUAUUACAAAAUCACGUCACUUACAAAAAUUGAUUAGGGAUUAUGUGACACCAACAACAUUCUGAUUGUGUACAUAAAUGACAUUUUGAACUGCAAUAAACUUAUUAUUUGAAUAGAUUAUAUUUAUGUGAAAAUUUAACAUUUAUUAAAAAUGGAUUUGAAAUUAUUACAUUAAAUUCAGGCAUCCGUAAAUAGUAAUAAUUGAAUACUACUAUAUUCAUACAUGUAUGUAGGUAUUUAAUGAUACGUCAAAAGUUGUAAUCCUAGGGCAUAUUUUUUAUAAUAAGAGUUGCCACAGAAAUCAAAACCAACUUUGUGAGAUUUAAGGGGCCAUAGCGCUAUAAUAAAGACGAUUUUCAAAUCUCCGUCACUUCCACAGAGAUUUGCUUUAUUGCAAUAAUAUUAAACCUCUUAAAUAUAUAAGGUAAUACUGUUCCAGAAAUGUCACCAAAAUUUCCGAGUUAAUGGGAAAACAUUUGAUUCAAAUUUUUAGUUUAACUCAUAAUUUGUGCUCAUGCAAUAUCCAUACAAUUUGCCAUUCGAUGCUCCGUAAAAAAUCGUCUGGUAUAAUUACAUGAAGAAGUGUCGAGUUUAUUGUGAACUUAAGAAAAUUUUCAUUACAAGAUUUUAUUAGUGAAUAUCUAUGGUGAGAGCAUUGAAGUUUACAUUGCAUUGAAUUUUAUUUUUGUUUAAUACCAUCAUAAAUGGGAAACACUGUCCACCCCUUUUUAUCUUUCACGAUAAUGACAAGAUGAUUUAAUAUGUUGAAUAAAAACGACAUUAAGGUAUUUUUCUGGGAAAAUUUAAGACAUUUUAAAAAAGAUUAAAUUUACUUACUUUAAUUUAUUUUACUUAAACGAUCAGCACAAAAGUAUGCAAUUGUUUUUCGUAUUCUAAUAAUUUUUAUACAGUUCUGACAACUUUUCCCAAUAAAAAAAGCAUGUUGCAUAAUUAAAGGAUUGUUUUUAGCAAUAUGACGACAAAUUAAAAAUAUGCUUGCUUUGGCUAUUUAAGCUUUCUCCAUGUUUUUGCCAUUUAAUAAAUAAAAAUAUAUUAUUUGACCACAAAUUUGUUUAUAAUAUAGUCUGAUAGUUUAUCAUUAAUUGCAAUCAUCAAUUAAAAAUGAUUGUCUUAAAUCACAGUUAUCUAAGAGUUUUCCAAAUUUCACCACUUUAUAUCCAAAUUGCGAAUUUUAAGUAUGAAAAAUCAUUUCUAUACAGCAGGUCAUCAUAUAUCGGUAAAGAAUGUGUGCCAAAAAUACUUGUUUGUCUUCACGAUACUUAAAUGUAUAUGUAUAUAUAAUAUGUUAUACAUAUAUAUGUUACCUUUUCCUUCAAAACCUAUUCUUUAAGAAGUUUAUCAAUUGCCAGCAGAGUUGUCUGAACACUAACUUUUUUAUCAGCAAACUCAUGAGUCAAAAUAUCUAGAGAUUUCUAUGACACCGGUAUUUAUGUACAUACCUAUGCUGCGUGUGUUGAAAGUCAUUUUGAAAUAUUUUUUUACAAAGACAUUUAAUUCCUGAAAUCUGUAUUUUUAAAAAGUCCUUUGGUUGUUGGUUUACUAAGUACCUAAUAAAAUCGUAACAGAAUUUAAGUAUUACAAUUAUUGUUACAAUUGGUUUAAACAGUGUUUUAUUAUUUCAAUAUAUAAGCAAAAAUAUAAUGUUAAAUAAUAAUGUAAAAUGUAUUUAUAAUACGGACAAAAAAUCAAUAAACACACCUUGACAAAAAUAACGGGAUGAAAAAUCUCUUUAAAAUUUAAAAGCACUUACCAAAUUAAAAAUAAAUUUUAUGUCGCAACUAAACAUAAUUAAUAUAGUACAUGUCCCACCACAUAAAAUGUAACCUACAAGCUCUAACAACAAGUUUCUAAUAUCUUCAUAUGUAUGUAUGUAUCUAAUAAGUUUUGUGGAUAGCAUAAUUCUACGUACAUAUGUAUGUAUGUGCAUCAGUGGCGUGCACGGCUCACUUGGGUACAAUUUUAUCUGCCGCACACAAUACAAACAUUAGUUUGCUUCGACAACAAAGAACAACAGAAAUUCACACUCAGAAGUACAUAUGUAUGUAUGUAUAUGGGAAGAACCAAUAAUUUGAGAACAACUUCAAUUAUUGUUUAAAUUUUCUGUUUUUAUUUAAUUUGAAAACAGUUUUAAGCCGUGUAAAGUUAUUUGUUCUCUUUUUAAGGUAUUUCUCUCACACACACAUCCAAAAUUAAUAUGAGAAUGUAUUGGUGCCGUCCCGUCCACUUAUUUUACACAUUCAUAUGUACAUAUGUAUGCAUAUAUGUAGUGAAUGUAAAACAGUAGCAGACAACCAAAAGUAACGAAUCAAAUUUAACACAUACAUACAUACAUACAUACAUACAUACAUACAUACAUAAGUAUGUAUAAGAAAUUAAAGGUAACAGAAGUAGAAAAUUUUACAAAACAAACAUUUACUUUCAAAAAAAAUUGUUCUUACAUAUUAAGUAGUACAUAUGUAUGUACAUUAGCCAAGUAGAAUAAUUUGCAUGCUUGCUGGAUAAAUUCAACGAAUUGAUAGAAAAACAAAUUACAUAUGCAUGUACGUAUGAAGUUACAUGCAUUAUCUGUAUAAAGUAUUGAAAGCAUAUUUUGUAGAACUUUUGAUAAUUUUCAACUUGCGUUUUUAAAUGGCUUCAAGCCUGACAAUCAACGAAGAAAAUAAAAUUUUAAAGUAUAAGCGAUGAUUGUUAAGUGAGAAUCGUUUACGCCUAAUAUUUAAUUUGGUCUCCUAUUAAAAGAUGUUUACUAAAUAGUAAAAAUAAACAAAAGAAAAUAAUUGUCACCGUGUGUUUAAUGGAUAUUUUAAGUUAUUACCCAUAAAUUUGACGUAAAAUUUUCUCUAAUAUGG